UAUUGCACCGCACACGACGUCGUCUUAGGCAGCGGACGGGCAGUGGAGGAAAGAGGUAAAGGAAAAAGGCUGAGUCCGGUCCUCUUCCGCCCUCCUUGGAUAGCAAAAGGACUUCGAGACGAUAAUAAUUGCUGUUCCUGGGGCCGAAGCCACUCUCUCAGCGUCUGAGUUUUGCCGAGGGCUCGUCGAAGCAAAGUAGGUAAAGAACCUAAAGAAUUAGGGAUCUUUCAACCAAGUUCAGAUUUUAGCAUGGCGCAUAGGUUGCUGAGGGAUCAUGAAGCAGAUGGGUGGGAACGAUCUGACUUUCCUAUUAUCUGCGAAUCAUGCCUCGGUGACAACCCAUAUGUUCGUAUGACGAGAGCUGACUAUGAUAAGGAGUGUAAAAUUUGUACACGGCCAUUUACUGUUUUUAGAUGGAGACCUGGUCGAGAUGCAAGAUAUAAGAAAACUGAAAUCUGCCAAACAUGUAGUAAAUUGAAAAACGUUUGUCAAGUCUGCCUUCUGGAUCUUGAGUAUGGGUUGCCAGUGCAAGUCCGAGAUACUGCUCUCAGUAUUAGUUCCCAUGAUGCUAUUCCCAAGAGUGAUGUUAAUCGGGAGUAUUUUGCUGAAGAGCACGAUCGCAAGACUCGAGCUGGCUUGGAUUAUGAAUCCUCAUAUGGGAAAGUACGCCCAAAUGAUACUAUUUUGAAGCUUCAAAGGACAACACCAUAUUACAAAAGAAACCGGGCUCAUAUUUGCAGUUUCUACAUAAGGGGCGAGUGUACCAGAGGAGCUGAAUGCCCUUAUAGGCAUGAGAUGCCAGUAACUGGGGAGUUGUCACAACAAAAUAUCAAAGAUCGUUAUUAUGGGGUGAACGAUCCUGUGGCAUUAAAGUUACUUGGCAAGGCAGGAGAGAUGACCUCUUUGGAGCCUCCAGAGGAUGAGACCAUUAGAACUCUUUAUGUUGGUGGGCUUGAUGCUAGGGUCAGUGAGCAGGAUCUUCGUGAUCACUUUUAUGCCCAUGGUGAAAUAGAAUCCGUCAAGAUGGUGCUCCAACGGGCUUGUGCAUUUGUAACCUACACAACCAGAGAGGGUGCAGAAAAAGCAGCAGAAGAGCUCUCCAACAAGCUAGUUAUCAAGGGCCUAAGGUUGAAGCUGAUGUGGGGCAGACCUCAGACAGCAAAAGCUGACUCCGAAAGUUCUGAUCAAGCAAGGCAGCAGGCAUCUGUGGCUCAUAGUGGGUUGUUGCCUCGAGCCGUCAUAUCACAGCAGCAGAGCCAGGAUCAAACCCAGGGAGUGCAUUACUAUAACAUUCCACCUCCUUCUCAGCAAGAUAGAAGCUACUAUCCAUCAAUGGAUCCUCAGAGAAUGGGUGCUGUUAUUCCGUCUCAAGAUGGUGGUCCUCCUGGUGGGGCUACUGGGACCGGAGAGAACAACAAACUCAAUUUGGAGAAGCAGCAAAUGCAGCAUUAUGCCCAUCCAAUGAUGCCUCCACCACCUGGGCAAUAUCACCAUCAUCAGUAUUACCCCCCUCCUCCAUACGGUUAUAUGCCACCUGUACCUGCUUAUCAACAGUACCCACCACCAUACAACCCUGGGAUGGCUACAUCUCAGCCACCGGCAGUAAACCAGCCAUAUCAGCAAUCCAUGCAGCUGGGUUCGUCUGCUCCCUCAGGGUCAGCUCCAACAGGAUCAGGGCCUACUGGUGGUUCUGCACCUGUAGAAGCCGGAACAUCAACCUCGGCCUCACAGUAGCAGUGAAAUCUUUCAUGUGCUGGUGUUCCAUCUCUAUGCUUUAUUUUAGCUUUAAAUGGCCAUAGUGACUGGGGGAAUAUGUCAUAGCUCUGGCCUCUGGCAAUCACUUUUGUAGCACAAGUUCUCAGCUAGCAUGGUACUGAUAUGCCAUGUGGGCCUGUGGCUUAAACCCGAUGUUUUGUGAUUUAAUUUUGUGCAUUGUUACUCUUGCUUUCCUUUCCAAUAGCUUAAUGUGUUUUUGGUAAGAACGAUUCAUUAAAUGAGAUAAAAACUGCUUAUUGAUUGGUAUCA